CAGCAGGAUAUAAGGACCUGUUUAGACGGAGCGAAAUCCAACCGUCUUUACCAUCGAAGUAGACGGGCAUGGCAACUCAAAAGCAGCGUAUGCCCUUCUUUGCAAGCAUACUUUCUGUUUUGUCUAUUGUGUUUUACUGUGCCGGGUUUUUAAGAGUUGAACUGGAGUUACAUCAGCAGAAGAAGAGGAUUAACGCUCUUGAAAACAACGCAGAGUCAAAGCCGCAGCCAUCAAGGGAACCAAACCUUGUGAAGACACAGGAUUCGCUUUCAGGUAAGUUGUUCCGUUUUAAGGAAGAUUUCCACUGUCGCGUAAUUUUUAGGUAAAUUUUACGUACGUAAAAUUGCGCGACAGUGGAAAUCAACCGUCCCGUAAUUUUUCCGUUCGAACUCACGUAAAUGAAAAAGAAGCAAUGUAUGGAACGUCACGCGUAAACGUGAAAGUUGAGCGAGGUUCAACUUUUACGUUUACGCGUGACGUUCCAUACAUUUAUUUACGCACGUACGCACGUAAAAAUUGGGAUUUUAUGUUUAACGUAGGGCAACAAAGUACACAGAUCGAGGAUUAUCAGCUUAUGUGUUCCAGACACAAGGGUUGUAAUGUAAAUGCUUUACGUUGGAGUUAAGAUAAAUCUUUUUUUAUUUAGUCAAUUUUUUUCUGUCUUUUUAAGAGCCAUCAGUUCAAAUUAUUACCCACUGUGCCUAGGCAGUAACCGGCAUCAACAUUGCUUUCAGAUCGCCAAUUCUCAAGAUCAGUUAAAAAAUGCUUCAGUGCUCAUUUAACUAAUUUUGACUCUGUUCUGGUCUCUUAAAUAACACUGACCUCUCUUAUCAUUAAGCAUAUUAUACACAGGAUUCGUUGCGGCUUUGUGCAUAUUUUCGUGAAGUUUCUGUACAGAAGGACGGGGUACCUCGCAUCCAAUGUAUCUGUAAAGCAGGUCACAUAAUAAGCAUCGCAAAUGAUUUCCCAGUAUAAUAUUUCUCAGGGGCCACUUUCUCACAGCAUAACACGAUUUUUUCGAACUUAAGAACCUUAAUUUCGCAAAAUUGUCAACUUUAAUGCAACAUUUCACUUCGUUCAUCUUUGCAAAUACUCCUUGUUAUUUUGUCACUGUGUUUUACUGGGCGGAAUUUUUCAGAUUUUUAAUGUUAGCUUUAUGAUAAGCUCCUUGUACUUAACUAUAAUUCCGGUUGCCAACAAACGAAACAAAUCUUUUGUGGACAACAAAGAACCCCAAAAAGGUUGAUUUUAAAAAGUAGCCCAUUUUAAAUGUAAUCACAAGCACAAAUUUAAUUAUUUUCUUUCUCAGGGAUUAUUACGCAUUUCUUCUUUUAAAGAUCAAACCGAUUCCAAAUAAUUUUUAGCUCAAUAUGAUAAAAUAUUUAUGCUUUAGACCAUUGAUUUAUCGUAACUGCAGCUAGAUAUUUGCCCGAGGGGCGGGGGUACUCAACAAAUGUUAAAACGGGGAGGCUCCGCCCUGAGGUCCAACCCCUUACCCUUUUUUAUAAAAUAACUGAGAUAGUACGAGUGUUCUGAUUGGUGAAAAACCUAUGGUUUAUUGUGCCGGUAAACUCAUAGAAAAAUUAAAGGUUUACUGGCGUGAUAACCCAUGUGGGAUGUUCCAGUUGGGAGAACACGAGAAAAGCUUGUAAAUCACUAGUCGAAGGCGAGUGAUUUACAAGCUUUUCGAGUGUUAUCACGCCGGUAAACCCAUAGCAAGUGUGGUCUAUUGCUUAAAUAUACCAUUUUUCACGAAAAAGGUACCCCCUUCGUAUAUAGUUUCUAUUGACAAAUGGUACCCCUUUCACAUACCUUUUUUAGAACUUUACACCCCUUUUAACUGCUCUAAACACAAUGUCUAUUAAAUAGGAAUCAAUCACAAAAAUAGGAUGUUUUCUCGACUUUAUAAAGGCUAGAAAUCAUCUGUUAGUCCUUUUGGGCCCUUUAACGGACCCAAAAGGCAGAUUUCUCUACCCUUUUAUAUACUUCAACUAGUGAAAUCCCUACCCUUUCAUGUACCUAAAGCCUGAAAAAGAUAGUGCUUUCGAGCGGAGCCUCCCCCCUAUCAUAGUGAGUACCGCCGGGAAUAUUAGCCUGAGAAUUAAAGGCGGCCGAGUUCCUUGUGUAAUCAUUAUGGGGUGAGAGAAAAAUGUUAUUUUUUCCUGAUUAAAUCUCUCUGAGGUCUUUAUCCUUGAGGAUUUAUAACUUUGUUUGCUUUCUAAAAAGGAAAAUCUCCCGCUGUAUUUUCUGUGUUUUCAUAAGUAUGGUUGUGAUUAUCUAUAAAUUGUUCUUUGCUCGACGAGUUUCAUCAGUGACGAUCUUGAAAGAACGUUAAUUAGCUACUAAGAAAAAUUAUAAAUAGAUAACCAGCGGAAAUUUACUGUAGUUAGUAUGCAAAUCGUCCACACUGAGAAAAGUGUCUUUUAGGACUUUUUAAAAACACGUUUAGGACACUAAUAAAGAUUAAAUGCUUUGAAUUUACGUUUCACGGCCGGUUCACCUAAACCAUUUUCUUGAUUAUUAUCCCCGACGCUGUCAAUCAUCAUACUAGUAACUAGCUCCCACUCAAUGAGUUAAUCAAUAUGUUCUAUUAAUCAUGAAGAUGUUGAAGAUAAAGACAUUCAGGGUUGUUUUGCUUGAUUUCAGGGCUUCAGUCCCUUGAACUCCUCAGAGACAGGCGUCAGGUGAAUUCAGUGAAUGCCACCCGUAAAAUCAACAAACUUUUAUCGGAGCUAAGACCGCACAUCUGUCAAUCACAUGGUGUCUCGUGUUCACCAGGUCCCCCAGGGCCUCCAGGUCGACCUGGACUGAGAGGAGGGAAAGGAGCCCGGGGACGAAGAGGACAGAGAGGGAAGCCUGGAAACAAAGGAGAUCAAGGAAUUAUGGGAUCACCAGGAAAAAGUGGCAAGCAAGGCAUCAUGGGACCUGUUGGGCCGGCUGGCGAAGCUGGUCCUAAAGGUCAAAAAGGAGACACUGGGCCUGCAGGCAUGCCGGGAUCUAAAGGAGAGCCUGGUGAAUCGAUUUCAGUUGCUACUGUUGCUGUUUCUCCUACAAGGUUGACUGUGAACGAGAGCGAAUCAGCGUCGUUUCAUUGCUCAGUUACUGGGAAUCCUAAACCUACUGUAAUAUGGAGUAAACUGAACAGCCAGUCAAAAAUAAGACAGUCAGCAGUUUCUGGAGGAAUUUUACAUUUACGGAACAUAAAAGGGGGUGAUGCGGGUGUGUACAAUUGUUCAGCGGUAAACAUCUUGGGACAAGCGCACGCAGUAGGACAACUAGAAGUAAAUGGUGAGUUUGUGGACUUGCUACUGAUAUUUCCGUAAGCGUGGAUGUGCCGAUUUUGUGAUUGUACAUGGCAAGAAUAAAUGUCGAUCUGUCCCCGGCUUUUAGUCAGAACAAAAAACAAAAAAGUCUCCCAAGGAAUAAAUAGAAGGUUAACGGUGUGCCAUUAAGCAAAAAACCACCUUUUUAUUUUACAGUUCGCCCCGCUAUAUCCCUUAAUGCAGGACCUUUUCACUUCCUGGAGGGAAGUGAUGUCACUCUUCCAGUGUGUCAUGUAACUGGUCAUCCGUCACCAGUGGUCACGUGGAGCAAGUCAUUUGGUCAGCUACCGCAGGGGAGAGUACAGAGUAAUAAAAGUGUCAUCAAACUACUUAGUGUCCGUAAAGCUGAUUCUGAUAACUACCUCUGCACUGCAACUAAUUUGCUAGGAACUGUUGUAAAAAGAACUCACAUAGUUGUGGUCUCCAUGCCUCGAUUUAUUGUCAAGCCACCGAUAAAGCUUGUUGCCCAUGGGAAAUCUCGUUUGACACUGAAUUGCAGCGCUACUGGUGAUCCGCGACCUGUCAUUAGCUGGCGAAAACAAGGAGCACAGCUUCCAACCGGGCGGAGCAGGCAGACUAAUGGAGUUUUAGUUAUAACAAAUUUAAGGAAAGAGGAUGCAGGGAAUUACAUUUGUGCUGCAACAAGUGCGGGUGUGUUUAACGUAGAAGCAGUGACUUCUGUUGAGAUCUGCGCGACUAGAGGUGAGUAAAUAAUAUUCACUGUGCACUGUGCACUGUGCAAAAUUUGUGGUAACUAGUGGGCUUAGUGGAAGUACCUUAGUGGAGGUCCUCUUCUAGAAGUUCAUUUAAAACCGCUCAUGAUACAGUCACCAAAAUUACAGGGAUUAAUGUACCCAACAUUUCCAAAUGCCCUAAGUAUAAAUAGAUUAACACAAUGAUGUUAUUGACGUCAUUAUUAAGUAAAUAAAGAAAGAUGGUAAAUUUUAAGGUGGCCCGUUCCUAUUUGGCUGUUUUUGAUUUGCGUUUUUCAGAAUGAAAGAUUCAACCGAUUUCAGUGAUUUCUGGCAUCUGCAAUAAAUAGUAAUGGAACUUCAAGAAAGUGUUAUUUAUUUUUUUGUAGGUAUAAAAACCUUUGAGAUAUCGGCAUAUAUUUAAAACCCCAUUUUUACGAAAAAUGUAAAUAACUUCGAAAUCCCCCGACAGAUUUUUCCCUAACUUCAGCAAAUAAGCCUCAGAGCUCUCUAGUUUUACAUCUGCAAGUUUGAAACCAAUCGUGACAGUAGAACUCGCUGCACAAGAUGCUGAUAAAAUUUAACCUUAAAAUGGUACGCUAACACAUUUGUGAAAGUUGAAGCACGAAUAGAGGAAGACUGCCGACAGACUAUCUCCUAUCUGAAAGGAUAUUCCUACCUAAAGCGUUAUUGCAAGAAACAGAGUAAUCAGAAACUUACGGCGAAUACAGUUAGCACUUUAAGAAGAACAAUUUUAAGCUGAGUGCGCAGUGAUAUUAAAAAACUUCUAUUCAUCUCUUUUGAAAACAAAUCUCAACAAAGCAAAAUAUAGCAUCUACGCAAAACUCUUAAGAGUUUUUAGCGUCGCAGGUUCCCGUUCUGAAGAGAAAUAAGGCCACCAACGCCAGUACUUCUAACCAUCCAUUUUUCAGCUGCAAUGAAAACCCUUAUAUUUGGUAAUUUAUUCACGCUUUUAAAACUUACCAUCACAUUCGCACGGGCCGUUUGCUGUUGGGGAUGAUGAGGAGAAUAAGACGGUUGUCAUAUUUGUCUUCAUCUUUAUUCCCAAGUGGUAAACUUCCCGUGCGAAUGUGAUGGCAAGUUUAAAAAGCUUGAAUAAAUUACCAAAUACAAGGUUUUCAUUGAAGCUGGGUGGUUAGAAGUACUGGCGUUGGUGGCCUUAUUUCUCUUCAGAACGGGAACCUGCGACGCUAAAAACUCUUGAGAGGUUUUCGUAGAUGCUAUAUUUUGCUUCAUUAAGAUUUGUUUCGAAAAGAGGGGGGACAACAACAACAACAACAACAACAACACCAAAAGCUUUAUUUGCAUGACUAUAAAGGAAUUACAGUAUUGCAAAAGCUAUUAGUUUAAAUUUAAGUACUAAUUCAACUAAUUAGUACGUGCAAAACAUUACAAAACGUGACAGUUCUCAUUCAUUCAUUCAUUGAUAUUAAUUUGGUCCUUAAUUCAAAGCCUUGCGAGAUAAAUGAAACUAAUUGACAGUUAAUUAAAUAAUCAGAAGAAUUCAUAAGAAGAGAUAUUAAAGUAUCGUGUGAAAGUGAUUUGAAGUCAGGUAUUUUAGUUUCUAGUUUCGAGAAAAAUAUGUCUCUGAUCUGAGAAUAAGCCUUACAAUCUAGUAAGAAAUGAUUUUCAUCUUCGACAAAUACAACGUAAGUUUGAUGAAUAGAAGUUCUUUAAUAUUACCACGCACUCAGUAUAAAGUUGUUCUUCUUGUAGUACUAACUAUGUUCGCCGUAGGUUUCUGAUUACUCUGUUUCUUGCAAUAAAGCUUUAGAUAGGAAUAUCCUUUCAGAUAGGAGAUAGUCUAUCGGCACGCUACCUCCAUUCGUGUGUCAAGGUUAAAUUUGACCAGCAUUUUGUGGAGCGAGUUCUACGGUCACAAUUGCCUUCAAACUUGCAGAUUUAAAAUUAGAGAGCUCUGAAGCUUAUUUGCUGAAGUCAGGGAAAAAUCUGUCGUGGGAUAUAUGCCGAUAUCUCAAAAGUUUUUAUACCUACAAAAAAAAAUAACAUUUUCUUGAAUUUCCAUUAUUAUCUGUUUAGUAUGCCAGAAAUCAUAGAAAUCGGUUGAAUCUUUCAUUCUGAAAAACGCGAAUCAAAAACAUAACCAACACGCAUAUAAAUAAGAACGGGCCACUCAACAUGUCACGAGCACGGGACAAAGAAAAAAGGAAAAAUCUGAGUCACCGACGGAAAUUGAACCUAUGACCUUUCGUACAACGGUCGGAUGCUCUAACCACUGAACUGCGAAGGACUCGUGACGUGGCGAUUUUACAAAUGGGACCUUUAUUACGCUUGGGUCCAAAUGUUAUUGCAGAUGGGACCGUUGGGUCCAGUUAUGACACUUGUACCUUCCAUCGCCCAAAACAUGUUUAUGCCCAAGAACAUAAACUCUUUUUACUGUUAUUAUCACAUUGGAGGGCAUUGAGAAAAUAAAAACGUCCAUCAAAAAAAUGACAACAAGACAGUCUGAAUCAAAUCACGCAAGCAUUUACGUGUUGAAUGGCUUUUAUUUUUGCCCGAAACUGCCUAAAAAUUACAAUAUCCUACCAUUAGAGCCUUUAAGAAUUAUCAUCUACAACCUAAUGCAAGGUUUUUUACCUCAAUUCAUUUUUCAAAUUCUUCUUGACUGAUUACUGUUUUUAUUUUUACUGGAGAAAGUCGGAGGUAAAACUCAGUCGUGUUUUAUCAAUAAGAUUCAUGGCAAUCGUCAGCAUCUGCACAUAAUGAGGAAAACUCCAUGAAAAGCGUUACGUGAAAAGCGUUACGUGUCUUCCAUUGACUGCCAGAAACUGUCACCCAAAUUUUGGUAUCUUAUUGUUUUAGUUUUGCACCACUCACGCUAAACAGUUUCUACAAGCGUGGCCGAGCUUUAAGGAACAUUACAUAUGUAGCUAACUUCACCACACGUUCUACUCGACACUUUAUUGUUGCCUUGUGUAAAUAGAGAUUAAAAUCCCUGCGCAACGUAGUUACCUAAAAUUUGUAAAAAUGAACAAAAUGUAAAAUUUCAGUUUUCAGUGCAUUUGAAAAAUGUAAAGUCGAUGUUGUUACAAGAUCUUAAAGCACACGGGUUUUUAAGGUGGGUUUAAGAUCUUGUAACAGCGUCGAUGGCUACAACUUUCAAAUGAACCUUACUGUUGCCCUCAAGCGACACAUCGCGAGCUGCAUCCAGUGAACUACUCUACUAAUACAGAUCGAAUAAAAAGGUUCCCAACUGGAAAAAGGUAUUUGGGGGCUCGGGAAUUGUUACUUCGCAUUGCGAUUUGAUUACAUUUAUCAAAAAAAUUCACUUUUAAAGUAUAGAGAACUGAACAAGUAUAAAAGAAACCAAAUUAUCCUUUUUUGGUGGGGAGGGGGGACAGGAAUCUCAUUUAGGAGGGUAGGAAUAGGUGAACACUGUUGACGUCGUAGGCUUUUGUCUUUUCCUUAUUAUUAAAAUGUGUUUUGUGGGCGGUUUUGCCGUCUUAUCCCUAGUCAGUACUAUACUACUGACGUAAGUAGGUCUUAUAGCACCAUUAACUGAGAUUUCAUUGAAGCUCUCAUCACCUUUAUUACAAAUUUAUCGCUGUCAAUAAGGUGUCUCCAAAGACAUCAUUUAUAAGUCAACAGGUCGCAGACCAGCGAAAAACAUACUGGAGGCCUCAUUAGGCAUAUCACAGCGAUACAUAGAUCUGAAACGUUGAGACAACAUGAAAUUUGGGAACCAGGUUUAGUAGGACCAACGAUCUCCAAGUAGUAUUUGAUUGUUUAUAGUUGAUUGUUGAGGGCAACGCUCCCUUAUUUGCAUAUUGCUGGAAAUUACACUACCAGCCACUUGUGACGUCCAUGAGCUUGAUAAAAAAACGGUGUUAAUUAUGAAAAUUAUUUCUUUGCCUGCUUAAGUGCAAAGCGACUCCUAGAUUGUUUAUCAGUGAUGGCUGUCAUUGCCAGGUUUGGAGGCAAAUUUUCCCUCUGGUUUUCUCUCCUCCCCGUUUCUAUUGCUUCCCCUUUUCCAACAUAUUCUUUUCUAGGCUUCACUUCGGUGGAAAGGGUUUUGCGAAGACCCCGAGGAUUGGCCUAGGUAAUUCCCGCGGGGUAUACUCCCUUAUAUGGCCUUCAGGGGAUGUUCGGCUGGGCAGGGUAUGGCUUUUGUCUUCUCUGUCUUAUUUCGUGCGAGUCUGUCCUAAUUGAAAACUGGGUAUUGCCUGUAUGAUUGAUUUGAUUUACUAUAUGAAAUCUGUUUGUACUUCAAGUAUAGAAAAGCAUUGACUUUAAAGCGAAUUUUCUGGAAUUUUGUCCUUGGUUCUAAUCAUGGCAAUAAAAUUGAGGGUGUUGUCCUAAGCAGGAUGUGUAUUUUAGGAUUUUUUUGUCCUAAACAGGGUCAAGGUUUCAAACCCUCAACUGUUUGCCUAUACCCAAAUAUUGGUUGAGUACCCUCCCGAGGAAUCAUGUAACAAGAUUGAAAUUUUCCGGACGAAGUUACAAACAUGAUUUCUCUGGUCUGUUUGACAACAUCGAGCUCAUUUGGGUAUGGUUUAAAAGAUCUCUUUGCCCUGCAAAAGUAAGACAUGAAAGUUGCCUAUGAUCGAAGCGAAUAAGGUCGCUUGGUUCCAUAUGGGAAGAUAACAGUCGGUUGGUUUGUGAUGGUUUUUAAAUCUACUUUUUGAGUAGUUGUAAAAUGUUAUAUGCGGCAUAAAAAUCGUGUUAUAUAUUAAAUACUCAAUAAAUAAUAUAUUGCAAGAUUUUUGAAGUACAAAUCCGGCCUAGAUAUGCAAAAUAACAGACAUCCCAAGUGACUAAGUCUCGAGACCUCGAUUUCUUAGUUAUUAUUAUCCUAGUUAUGAGGAGAGCUACCUUGUAUCAGAACUCGGGUAAAACUGUCGAGCACUUUUGAUUAUGACUACGAAAUGAGCCGCAGUUCUGCGAAGUAUUCACCACUUGCGCCUCUCUCAUAAUGGACCUUAUUUACCCCCCAAAAUUUUGCAUAAGCGUUGUUUCCAAUUUCUCUUGGAACGGCUGUAAUACCAAGGAGAAAUGAAAAACAAACGUUAUGUAAAAUUGGGGGGGGGGGGCAAAUAAGGUGCAUUAUGGAAGAUGUGCAAGUGGCGAAUUCGCACCUCAACAGGGGGACGAACUACCAUAAUGUCUAUGCGUACGAAUGUGUGCAUCGCAAAACAAAAUAUAAUAUGUAGAUUUAGCCAGGGUUAAAACGAAGCUCUCGUUAAUAUCAAUCCUAUAGUUUACUCAAACAAAAUAUAAAAUCGUGUAAUGCUAAGCGGCGACGGCAACAAAAACAGCCAAAAAAAUAAGUAGGUCUAAUUAGCAAAAAGACAACUUUGCACGUGCAGCAAGUAGUCAUGCUUCAGCAAAGAUAUACCUUGUUGGUGCGUUCCCUUUGCGUUCCCUUUUAACAAAAACAACAACAACAACAACAACAACGAGCUUUAUUUGCGUGACCAUAAAAGUACAUACAGUCUUGCAAAAGCUAUUUUUAGGAAUCAAAAUUUUUUUUUUUGAAUUUAAUUUAUUAUUUGAGCUAAAUUUACAUCACACAAAACGUAUACAUAUUACAACUUGACGAGACAAACAUAAAAAUAGCUGAGGUUACAUUUAUGCUUGAAUUCGCUUAGUUACUUACAAUAAAAGGAAGGACGGUGAACGGUGGACGGUGGAUGCCUCAACUUUGCAGGACAUGGCUAAGUCAAAGCGAUUAGCUAGAGGGUAACCAGUGCAAUCAACAAAUUUAAAUAAGAAAAAAUUUCCAUUUGUUUGAAAAGACGGUGAAAGAAUUACAGCGGAGUGCUUCUUGUUUUUCCAUCUCAAUGACGGAAUUUAGUUUGCCCUUAAAAAGAGUCAUGGAGGGAGACGUACCUACAAGUUUGCUCGAGUAUAUAUGAUAUCUCCCAAUAAGAAGAACGAGAUCAAUGGCGGUAGAGGGUGCAAAUUUAGAGAGUCCCGUCAGAUGCAAAUCGGUUAGUGCAGUACUCUUGAGGCCCUUUUGAAUUAAAAAUUGUUUAAGAUCGUUCCAAAAAGCAAUUGUUGCCGAACAUCUCAGAAAUAGAUGAGAUAUAGACUCUAUUUCCCUUUGGCAAAAAGAGCAUUUGUCCGAUUGCUUUAAAUUAAUUUUCUUUAAAAAAUCAUUGGUAGCAAUCCUCCAAUGCAGUAACUUAUAAUGAAAAGUUCUUAAUUUUGUAGAAGCCGUACAGUGGAAAGCGAUUGUGUAUGCAUUUUUCCAAUCAAUAUCACUUGCAUUUUCGACUUGAAGGUCACUGAGCCACUUCUCUUGGCUUCUAAUGGGUGUGGAGAUUCUUUUUCUCAGUAGCGACUUAUAAAUAAAGUUGUUAACUUUACUUUUAGAUGUUAAUUCAGUUAUAGAUGUUCCCUCGGUGGAAACAACCUCGUACGUCAGUUCAUUUUGCACCUUAUUUAUAAGUGAUUUGACUGCUGAAGCUAUACUACAAUAUUCUAACCAAUUUAACUCCUGAAAAUUUGAUUUCAUGGCAUCAUAUCCGAGGAGGUUCCCACCCUCAUCUAAUAGAUGAGAAAUUUUGCAGACACCAUGGUCCAUCCAGUGUUUACGGAAUACAGGCUGAUUGUCAAUUCCUACCAAUGAAUUAAGCCAAAUAAUCUGAUCGCCCACAUUUGCAAUGGAGAUGGCUACAGCAUCAGAGAAAUGCAAUUCCGCCCAGAUUGACAUGACCUCAAAUACAAAAGGAUUAAGUAUUUUUAACAGUGGAAUGUCAUCUUUGUGUAGAUUACAAGAGAAAAUAAAUUUCCCACCAUACAUUUUAGGAUUAACGUCAAAGAAAAACUUCCAUCUUCCAUUAUUUGUCGGGUCAAGGUACUUCUUGAUCCAGGAUGCUUUGAGAGACUUAUUGAACGUAUGUAUAUCAAUCAUCCUCAAACCACCCUGCUCAUAAUCCCUUAUGAUAUGCUCUCUUUUUUUAAUCUUGUCGCCUUUACCGUCCCAAAGGAACUCAAAAAGAAGUUUGUUGACCGUUUGCAGUGCGUUUGUAUAACUAGGGAGCGGAGUCAAAAUAUAAAUGAGUUGAGAGACCAGAAGACUUUUGAUAAGAGUGAUUUUUCCCAAUAAGGUGAGUCUCCUAAAUUGCCAUGUUUCAAUAACGUUUUUUAUUUUCCCAAUCCUCUCAUCGUAGUUAGAACGGAGCAUUACGUUUCUGUCCGUUGCGAACCACACACCUAAUGCAAAGACUUUCCCCUCCACCCAGGAGAUAUCAGGCUUGUUGCACUCUAUAGGGCCUCUGUUUUUUGCCGAACCCACCCAGAGCACUUUGGUUUUCUCGUAAUUUACCUUAAGGCCAGAAAUCACUUGAAACCCAUCUAGAACCUCGAUUGCUCUACGAAAAGAGCCCACUGAGCCAUCGAGUAUCAACGUCGUGUCAUCAGCAAAUUGGCUUAGCUUGUGUUCGACUUCACCCGUCAUAAAACCUUUUACAUCUUUAUCUCUCCUAAUGAAGUUGGCUAAUAUCUCGGCCGAUAUUAUAAAUAGAUAUGGCGACAUCGGGCAACCUUGCCUAACCCCUCUACCUAAAGAAAAGCUCUCCGAGACCCAUCCAUUGUUCUGGAUAACACUGGAGACCUGAUUAUAAAAUAAUCUGAACCAGUUCACUAGAGAGGGCCCAAAAUUGAAAUAGUUAAGGGCUCUUUCUAUAAAAGCCCACUCUAUCGAGUCAAAUGCCUUCUCAAAGUCAAUGAACAUCAAUAAACCAGGUUUAUUCAUAUUACCUGCGUAAUUUAUAAUACUGUCAAUUAGAAAAAUAUUUUCUGCAAUAGAACGUCCCUUCAAGAAGCCACUUUGAUCACCAUUGAUAAUUUUAGGAAGAACCCGCUUUAUUCGAUUACCUAUCGCUUUAGAAGCGAUUUUAUAAUCGCAGUUUAGAAGAGAAAUUGGCCUCCAAUUUUUUAGAAAAAGAGGGUUUUUGUCCUUCUUUGGUAAAAGAGAAAUAAUACCUUGUCGCUGCGUCACCGAUAGUAGCCCUUUUUGAAAAGAGCAAUUAAUAGCAUUCACUAAAAAGGGGGCAAGGUCACUCCAUAAUACCUUUUAAAAUUCUGCUGGAAACCCAUCUGAGCCUGGCGACUUGUUUGCUUCCAUCGUUUUGAGGGCAUUUAGACAUUCAUUCACAUUUAAAAGACCUUCACAGGAUGCUUUGGAAUUCUCGUCGAGCCGCACAAAAUUAUCAUCUGGGAAAAACUGGAGAUUAUCGCUUUCAUUGUGUAUUGAUCUGCUGCUGUAUAAUUUACUAUAAAAGUCAACACAUUCUUGGAGAAUAUCAUUAUCGGAUGUUAAAGUUGUGUUGUCAGCUCGACAAAGUUGACUUAUAACUUUGCGCUUAAAGUGACGUUUUUCUAAGAUGAAAAAGUAUUUUGAAUUUUUUUCACCUUCGUUAUACCAGCGGGUUUUGGACCGUAAGAUAGUUCCCUGGGUUUUAUAUUCGUACAUUUUUUCCAAGUUCUCUUUUGCCUCAACCAGUUUUUGCUCCAAUUCCCCUUUUAAAAUGGGGGACAUCGUGCCAUCUAUUUUUUUCUCUUGGUAGGUGAUCGUAUCGUAUUGUUUGGUUUCGUCCGUUCGCCUGGACUUAGCUUUUUCUUUUCCGUAAAAAAUUGAUGACUCUCUAACCUUAAGUUUAAUCAUCUCCCACAGCAAGGCAUCAUCCACAUCCUUGUCGUCUUUGUAGUCAUCACAUGUUUUAAGGAUGACUUUCUUGAUGCAUUUUAAAUAUUCUUCGUCUGACAGGAAAGAGGUGUAAAGUUUCCAUAGCCCAGGGCCUCUGAUGUUUUCGGUAAGACCCAAGCUGAGGCUUAUCAUAGAGUGGUCGGUUUUGUACCCAGCUACGAUAUCAGACUUGGCCACUUUACCAUAGAGAUGACGACUUAAAAGAAAAAAGUCAAGUCGGCAGGAUAUAGAUGGAUUACGCUUCCUCCAUGUAAAUCUCUUGUCAAGGGGAUUUUGGUCACGCCAGAUAUCGCCUAGGUCAAGGUUAAUUUGAAUUUUUUCUACUUCGGUGAGCGCUUUCGGGUGCGAGGUGCCGAGAAUGCCACCUUCCUUGUCUAAUUUAGCAUUUUUAAUCAAGUUAAAAUCUUCACCCAAGAUGCUGUUAUCGCAAUCAAAUUCAAGUAUUCGGUUUUUAACAUUUUGGAAGAAAUAGGGGUCAUCCUUAUUUGGAGCGUAAAGAUUAACAAGCGUAAAACAUAACUCUGCCGUCUUAAUGUCUAAAAUGAUAAAACGACCAUCUGGGUCUGCGUAAUCCUUGUUUAAAACGAAAUCUAAAUUAUUUUUAAACAGAAUGGCCACACCCGCCCUUCGACUAUUUUCACAGCUAAAAAAAGCUUUAUAACCCCAUUCAUUUUGCCAUAAAUCACAGGUUUCCUUCGUACAGUGAAUCUCUUGUAAAAAAAACAUGGAAAUUUUUCUCCCUUAGCCAAUUAAACAUUUCUCUUCGUUUAGCUUGCCCUGAUAAGCCUCUAACAUUCAAUGAACAUAUAUUUAAGAAUUAUAAUGGUGAAAACCAAUUACUAUUAUUCUGCAUUGAAAAACCAUCCACCUAACAAAUAUCUAUAAAAGCCAAGCAAGGAUGUAACUAACGAAAACUAUACAGACGGCACACACGAUAAAAGAAAAAAAAAGAAAAAACCUAUUGCUGCGACCUCUACAAACGGACAUUAUAUUACUACAGAGAGAGCAUAAACAAUACACUACUAGCAUACACGGGCUCUUUCACUGGGAAAGGAAAGUUAUGAGCUGGUGCGAACUAAGACCUUUAGGUAGUGCUCCUAAUUAUUUGUACGAUCCGGACGACUAUUUGGUCGGAGCUCCGCCAUAAAAAAAAUUUUGAAAGAUGCAAAGCGAUUACUCCUACUUUCUAGUUCCCUUAGUAACCACCAUUACCCUUAAGCUUUAAAUCAUAAAACUUCAGCAAGUUAAUUUUAUGAAUUGCAGCCAACGAUUGGCUUCUUUACUUUUUUUUUCCUCGAGCGAAAAUAAAAGUCACCGUUGUGUUGAGGUGGUGGUUAGUGGAGGAUCGAAUGUACUCUCUUUUCCUUUUGUUUUUGUUUUAAAGUAAAGUAAUGGCAGAUGUCAUGAUGGCUUCAGACAACCUUUGCUGCUUACUAUUGACAAAAGACGUCACUUGUUACAUUUUAGUCAUUUUAUAGUCAAUCCGACUGCAUCGUUUUCUCUAUCUUCUCUUAAAUUUAAAUACGAACUCUUUAUGUUGACUUAAAGCAUGCAAAGAUCCGCUUGGUAUGGAAAGCUAUGUCAUCUCUGAUGGACAAAUCAGUGCCUCUUCACAAUGGGAUAAUAAUCAUGCCGCCAUCCAGGGAAGAUUAAACUUUAAGGCUGGUUCCGGAAAACAAGGAGGGUGGUCAUCCGGAUACAAUAACGUCAAUCAGUGGCUGCAGAUUGAUUUGGGUGAUCCAAACACUGAUGUAACUGGUCUGGCAACACAAGGCAGAAAUGCUCACUCCCAGUGGGUGACAAAAUACAAAAUGCAGUACAGUGUCGACGGGAUAAAUUUUCAGUAUUACGUGGAACAAGGCGCUGAAAAGGUAAUAUAGUCUACCUCUCUGUUCUCUGGUGAGACUUUCAGAGAAUAUCAUUUGGGCAAACUUCAAUGGCCAAUACAUUUUAACUUCUAUUCACACUUUUGCCCACUGGGAGUUCUGGUGAUUGCCUCACUAAUUGUUGAAUAUCGAAAUUUCCCGCUUGGCUAAUAUAUCGUUAUGGACACACUGUAGCAUGACCCAAUUGCUAGUUUUUCUGUAUGGGUUUUUUACAUGAGCUAUUGAUUUUCUUUUCGUUUUUUCUUUCUUUUUUAAGUGCUACCACUGAUAAAAUUGUCAAAAACCUUUUUUUACAAUCGAUCGGUAAUUAAUCACUUGACGUUCAUGAUGCCCAAAUUAAUGGGCAAAAUCUUUGGCUUUUGUUCGUGGUAAGACGUUACCACUAUUUACAAAUUAUCAUUCAGAUAUAACACGUGAUAAUUUAUUGCCUUGAGGUUAACAAUUUUGCAUUAUUUUUAUCUUGAUGAUUUAGGAGUUUACUGGCAACACAGACCAGGAUACUAUUGUUUUCCAUUCACUGAGCAAUUCAAUUAAGGCACGCUACAUUCGUUUCCGCCCAACAGCUUGGUAUGUUCACAUAUCUAUGAGGGCGGAAGUCUACGGCUGUCUAGGUACAAAAGGUUCUCUUUCCUUAGUCUCCUUCUCUAGUGGCUGAAUCUUAUAUUUUGCUAUUUUGUUGUAGUUGGGCAGUUAUUGCUUUUUUAUGUUGGCUUUUUUUCAAAGGUAUAUAAUCUAUUUCUUUGCUCCCUCCUCAAAUUCAUUAUCGAUAAUGUGCUGCCACUUUGUUCUUAAUAGAUACAGACCCACGCUCUGUUCAACCCAUUACCUUGAUAAACCUCGUUACUUUGGUUUAUUGACUCGUACAAACGUCCCUACUUCUGUGACACUCACCUGCGACCGCAAUUCCAAAUGUAAAUAUUCCAUCGCACGACCUAAUCCUCGUUUGCUACAAGAUAUAUAGUGCAUGUGAACGUAAUAAAAUAACAGUACUUUUACCUGUUCCUGCAGAAUGUAAGCAAGCUCUUGGCAUGAAAAGUGGUGACAUCUAUGACAGGCAGAUCAGUGCCUCUUCAGAAUGGGAUUCCAAACAUGCUGCCAUCCAGGGCAGACUCUUCUUUAUGGCAGGUUCCGGCAAACAAGGAUCAUGGUCAGCUAGACACAAUAAUCUCGACCAGUGGCUGCAGAUUGACUUACUUGAUCAAAUAACUAAAGUAACCGCUGUGUCAACACAAGGCAGGAAUGGUGCUUCACAAUGGGUGACCAAGUACAAACUGCAGUACAGUGUCGAUGGUGUAAACUUUCAAUACUACACUGAAGUGGCAGAAAAGGUGAUAUUCCCUAUCAUUGUACAAUUAUCAUUCUCAGGGGUUUCAAGGCAAAACUUAAGCCACUGCUCACUCUUAUACACUACUUAUUUUUUAAUUAACGGAGCUGUGUCACGAAAUUUAUCAAACUUUAAAAGUGAGAGCUGCCACCAAAUUGAGUGAAACACAAAAAUGACAUCGCAAAACAUUAAAAGAACCUGAGGCACAAAUAACACAGCAAAUAGUAAAGAAGGCACCGAAAAGUAUCAAAACUUAAAAGGAUUGCAACUGGGGUUUUUGAAAACUCGUUAGCCUAACAGUUCAUUUCUGUUUUUUGUAGAUUUUGAUAAAAUGCUUUACGAAGUAAAUUUAAAGUUGAAUUCCUUUGCGAAUAAAGACGCGUUGACGACAUCGACAAUAUUCAUUCAGUGCAAUAGACAGCCUUGGCAAAGUCCCUUUAAUGAUACCUGCCUCUGAAAGACCUCAACUAUUCUUGGUUUGCAACCACGUGACAAGGCGGCCAUGUCAGAUGACGAUACAAUAGAAUUUUUUUUUAAGAAUUCACCUGAAAAUAGAGUUAAGUUCCCAGAGGAGAGAAAUGCUUUUGUUCUUGCCAUCCAACAUGGCCCAGUGACGUGAUGUGCAAACCAGCAAUUUGCAUCGUGUUGAUUUAGGAGUUUACUGGAAAUGCCGACCGGGACUCUGUUGUUUUCCACUCACUAAUCAACCCAAUCACUGGGGCACGCUACAUCCGUUUCCGCCCGACAGCCUCGUAUGGUCACAUAUCCAUGAGAGUGGAAGUCUACGGCUGUAAAGGUACCGAACAAUUCUCUCUGAAAUUCUUUUACAGAUGGCACUUGUCGUAAUGAUCAUGUUAGUAGUACGGUGGGGUCCGGUUACUCUUAUUCUGGGCAGGAAUACAAUAACACCGAUGACGUCAUAGGCUUUUUUCUUUAUCUCAAGAAUAACAUCUCACGAGUAAAACUGGCAGGAAUCUAAUUAUCUCCCAUCUUUUGUACUCCAAGAGUUAUUCUUAACACAAUUAAAACCCUAGGCCCGGUUCAGACAACGAACUUCUCAUGAGCCGAACCUAAUUCGAAUUAAGGCCGACCCAAACUAUUAAGACCGCCUGAAUUGAUUCAGACGCCGCUCUUAAUUCCAGCUGCACUAAAUUUAAAAGGAGAAAAAUGCUCACUUUUAUCAAACUGCUUGCAAAAUACAUUAUCAUAAUUUAUGCAUUAAAUUCGGUUCGUGAAAAGUUCGGCGUUUGAAUCAAAGCCGUUCCAAAGUCGUUCCACAGUCGAAAUUAGGGAGUUUAAGAUACUCCGACUACGGACUACGGCUACGAAUAAACAUGCUACUGCGCAUGAUCAAAACCACGUGACUGUUCAUUUUUCCCGCGUAGUCCUGCGGCUACGGUGAGUUGUUGAGCUGUUUCGCGUAGUCGGGACUACGGAGAACAUUUUGCUCGUAUUUUGCCGUCUCGGCAAUUCAAGAAUCUCGUCUUUUCGUAAAAAAGGUUCAAUUUGCCUGCUUUAAGUGAGAGGGAAGCGAAAUAUGUAAGUUGUGUCUAAUUUCUGCUCAGAUUUACGCUUUUAAUCCACCGUUGUGACUACAUUUUUAUCUAGCCAAGCUCAUAUUUAAAGAAGCUUAGCUGUUUAUACGCAGAAUUCCGAUUGAUGGCCGAGGAGAAGAGAAAUCAUGCAGGUAAUUUACUUUCUCUUCACACUUGAAAAGUUUCAAUGUUUGUUCGAACUGAUUAGUGUGUCUUUCUACUUGUGUGACCUUUGUUUAUGCGAGUUUUUGUAUCGCAUUUGCUGAGUGAAAAUGAUGUAAACAUCUUCGAGACAAUCGAAACUGGGCAUUUCAAUACUUCAAACUACAUCAGAUCAGUAGUCGGAGAAGUCCAUCUUCUAAAUCUAAUAAAUGAGCUAUUACUAUUUCUGUCUAUUUCUUUAAUAUUUUACAUAAGUAUUCAUGGGCGAAAAAAAUAAAACCUGUGCAACCAAAACUUUGUUUACCAAUUUCACCCGAGCUACGGUGAUGGAACAAGGAGUAAAGUUGUAGGCGAAUCAACUUGUACGCGAAUCGACUUAUACCUUCAAGUAUGGAAGAAUUUGUUCAUUGUUCUAAAGAUAAGAUCACAUGCAAAACUGACUUGCAUUUUUGUGAACUGUGGUGAAAACAAGAAAAUUUUUGCGUGUUGUUUCCCUCUCCGCCUCUUCUCUCGUAGUCUGCCGUCUGUAGUGGAAUCUUAACGUUCUAUAUUUGCACGACUCAAUCCAGUGCUACAAACAAACGACAACGCUCGUCCAGCCGUAGUUCGUAGUCCGUAGUCUCCGUAUCUUAAACUCCCUAUUCCCGGCCAAGCUACGCGUGAAGAACGGCUGAGCCGGUCCACAUAGAAAUAGGCGUUCCUAAUUGAUUCAGACGCCGAAUAUUUCAUGUACUUAAGUCAAUGUAACAGGUUCGGCUCAUGAAUAGAUCGGCGUCUCAACCGGGCCUUAGACUCCCGUAGCGUUGUCCGGUUUUAACUUGUUAUGCAGGUUAGACAGGUUUUUAGUUAUUUUUAGAUAGAUGAUGUCAUAGUUAAUUUCAAAUUAUGUCCGUCAUGCCCUUAUUUGGGUAUGAAGCGACCCGUGACUUAGAAUCCUUAGCCUUAACGUAAUAUAUGCAAAUUCUAUUUCCUGCCGCUUUCAUUGUCUCACGAUUGUUAAAGUUCCGGUUCACUGAUUCUUGGCGCACAAAUUGUGCAUAUUUAUUGAGCACGAAGGCAAACUAUCUCUUUCUGCCACCAAAAACGAUCUUUCUUCAUUUUCUCCUCUCACUUUUUGCAUCUCUACUUUUCUAUUGUUUUCCCUCCACCACCACAACCACCGCAUUUCUUUUCUUUUGACAUCGGUGUUAAUGUAUUUCUGUCCUCUUUCCUGAGAUUCCAGCCCAAACAAAAGAGUAACCGGUUCCUACCAUAUUACUCAUGUUUUGUUUCUAUUGUUUAAGGAGAUAUAAACGUUUUCUAGAGAUCACUAGCGAGGCAAAAAAUCUUUACCAUUAUGCACACGGGUUGAAGGCCGCUAUAAAUGAAUUUGUGAACGACAAAUACUAAUACCUAUAUUUUUAGCAAACUUUUGAAAUCUGUGCAGCUUGCUUCAUCUCUAUACUUGUAUUCAGUCCCUCUGAUAACUAAGUUUCUUCCUACUGAUAUACAAAUGAUUGUAAUUGGUGUUUCUAGGUCACUAACUCUAAGUUAUUGCACUUCCAGCAAUAACAGCGAACGCCACUAACACAAUGAAUGUCUAGUUUGUUCGGUUAGCAGGUCAAAGGACACGAAUAAUGUCACAAUCGCGGACUGUUUCUUUCAGAUUUCGUCUUGGUCCUUACGACCAUGACAUGACCUACUUCGGUAAAAUGAAACAAACAAACUUAAGGUAUAUAAUUCGUAUUAAAAAUUCUCGAUCUUUCUAACUAGACACGGAGUCUUCACUAUGGAGGAUUAGUUACGUCAUCCCCUUUUUUGACAUGUCCGUUUUGUGAAUCUCCACUUACCAGAAGUACUGCACUCAACGGAUUACUGACAUUAAUGUCUCUGUUUUUGUAGAAACCGACAACUGUUGAUGGCUGGAUAACAACGGUGGGGAAAGGUGAAUAUUCUUAAAAUGAAAGAGCGGCCGUGGGCCACCGGUUAGGUCCAAAAGGAAGGGGUGGCCUUCUCCAUGGAUCCCCCUGGAGAUUAAGGACCUCUUCAUAUUAUCUCGGUUAUUGACAGGGCUACCCUCCCCCCCUCCCCUCCCCCGGGUCCGGGACCGAUUUCGUCUUGUUCAUACAUAUGAGAAAUUUCAGCUCGGUUCCUGAAGGGUUAGCAUUAGAUAACAUCGUGUGAAGUCAGAUUGGACACCUUAAUAGGAGAAGAAGUAACGGUACUGGACCAGAACCCCACUAACUUUCGGUACUAACUUUGUAAAACUGCUUAAUAAAAAAAACUGCAGAGCCCUAGUUGUGGACAAACAUACUAAAGAUUUAAACAGUGAUCUGCAGUGAUUAGGGUUAAGCACUGAAUUGAAAACGGUUACCUUUCAAAUAAUGUGAUGGGAUACGGCAAGUAAGUAAAUGUGUCCACGAUGGUGCAGUCGAUAUGAAUCUAGGUUAUGAAGCAAAUGACUUGGGUUCAAUGCAUCCCAGUUCCCAGUCUUUAAUUUUAUAUUGCACAGUAAAGUUGGACUUUAAAUAUGUUGUUCAUGUAAUUUUACUGGAAGAAACAAUCCGGCUUCAGCCGAUGUUACCUAAUGUUAACUUUUCUGAGACGAGAAAAUUGCGAAGAUCUUGGCCACUGUCUAUUUCUUAUUUAACGCGAACCAUGUAAUUUGAUUAUACAUUUCGCGCCCACUUAUUCUACCUUCAUAUUUUUUUUAGGAAAUAGUUCCUGGAUGGAACAGAGACGUAUUAUAAAAGAAACCAAGAAAUAAUAUGAAAUAGGAAGUAACAAAAUCUUAAUCAUGUUUUUCUGUGUUUUGUGUUUUUGUUGUUGCCGUUUUUUUAAACAUUCUUUCCUCCGCAGGAAAAGGAUCACUUAACAAAACACAGAGCAGGUUGUUCAAUAUAUUAUUAAAGUGUUAUACGUGUUAUGACGUAGGUAUAGUUGGGUUAAAAAAAAACCAAGCAUUUAAAAGUUUCUGCACUGUUGUCCUUGCUUUUUUGAUGUUAAAGUAUAGUUUGAUAACCAGGUAGGAUAGUUUUACGACAUUUUAAAUCACGACCCAGUAUAACGUAAGGCAAAGUUUUUUAGAUUAAUCCAUUUCUCAAAUUCUCCUUGACUGUUUUUAUUUUUACUGGAGAAAGUCGGAGGUAGAACUCAGUCGUCUUUUAUCAAUUAGAUUCAUGACAAUCAUCAGCAUCUGCUCAUAAUGAGGAAAAGUCCGUGAAAAGCGUUACGUGAAGAGCGUUACGUGUCUUCUAUUGACUCCCAGAAACUGUCACCCAAAUUUUGGUAUCUUAUUGUUUUAGUUUUGCACCACUCACCCCAAACAGUUUUGACAAGCGUAGCCUUUUAGGAACAGACAUUUAUAACUAAUUUCACAACACUUUCUACUCGACACUUUAUUAUUGCCUUGUGUAAGUAGAGAUUAAAAUCCCUGCGCAGCGUAGUUAACGUUCAUUUGAAGAUUGUAAAAUUUUAGUUCAUUUGAAAAUUGUAAAAUCGACAUUAUCACAAGAUCUUAAAGCACACGGGUUUUAAAGUGGGUUUAACUCGGAUCUUGUAAAAGCGUCGAUGGCUACAACUUUCAAAUGAACCUUAUUGUUGCCGCCUCAAGCGACAGAUAACGAGCUGCAUCCAGUGAACUACUCUUCUUAUACAGAUCGAAUGGAAAGGUUUCCAAGUGGAAAAAGGGAUUUGGGGCAUCGCGAUUGGAUUACAUUUAUAAAAAAAAUUCACUUUUAAAGUAUAGAGAACUGAAGAAGUAUAAAAGAAACCAAAUUAUCCUUUUUUGGUGGGGAGCAGGGAGGGGGGGUGCAGGAAUCUGGAUGGUAGGAAUAGGUGAACGCUGUUGUUGUUGGGGGGUACUGUCUAAGUUUUUGCUAGAUAACUCUAGUUUUUCAGCCCCCCCCUGACAAUUAUUGCACAGUCCCUUAUUAAAAUGCGUUUUGAGGACGGUUUUGCCGUCUUAUCCCCUGUCAGUACUAUACUACUGAAGUACGUAAGUACGUCCUACAAUAGCACCAUUUACUGAGAUUUCAUUAAAGUCGUCGUUACCUUUAUUACAAUUACACCUUCAUUACACCUUUAUUACAAAUUUAUCGCUGUGAAUGACAAUUUUAGGGGGCAAAUGAGGUGCAUUAUGGGAGAUGUGCAAAAGGAGAAUUCACACCCCUGACAGGAGGACGAACGACCAUGAUGUCUAUGCCUACGAAUGUGUGUGUAGCAAAACAAAAUAUAAUAUAUAGAUUCAGCCAGGACUAAAAGCGAAGCUCUCGUUAAUAUCUACAGUUUACUCAAACAAACAAUAAAAUCGAGUAAUGCUAAUAAGCGGCGACGGAAACGAAAACAGCCCUCCAAAGAAUCAGUAGGUCUAAUUAGCAAAAAGACAAAUUUAUAAGUGCAGCACACUUUUUUUUGUAUAUUUCUUUGCCGUUGUUUUGUACGACUACAACGUGGAACUUUCAGAAACUUCCUAGUUACACGGUUUGUGGAGGAAAUGUUGUAUUUGUUCCUGUUCCCGUUUCCUGAAUGUGUUUGCCGCCACCCCGGGGAGUGGUGGGGAUGCUCGUCGUCUCGCUUAGGGGUGUAAAUUUCGGAUUUUGGUCUCACUUAGCGUGUUCUGGGCAAAACGCCAUCAUAUUUAGCAGUGAAGGUCUCGUUUAGGGUUGCACGCGAAAAAAUAUAAAAAUAUAACCUGUAACGUGGUCUCUUUUAGGGGACAAAAAAAGAUUGGGCCACGCCCAGAUAGGUCUCCUCUAGGGUUUAAUUCAAAAUUUCCGACGAGCAUCCCUACCCCUUUCAUAUGCGGAGUCCCCCCCCCGGAGCUGCCACUCAUCUUUCACCUCGAUGGCCACUAGCAUUUCCCAAUUUCUCACCGCCGUUAUAAGAUUUUCAUGCUAUUCGUCCAACGAAAUUGGUCUCCUUUGUUUUUAAUAUCUCGCUCCUCGGCUCUGUCUCUGUUAUUCACGUCAAUGUAAUCGGAAAAAAGAAUCGGCUUAGUUGUUGUUGUUUUUUAUCUCUAAAAGUCCUGGUGGCUAUGUCAUUUACUGCCGAAACGCGAGAGUACUUGAAAUGCAAAAUUUUAAGCGAGAGAGCCUGCUAAUAACCAUCAGUGACCAAGAAAAAUACUACCCAGCCAUUAAAGAAAUAAAUCGCGAAAUUUGUACAGAGUUAUACAAUUAUACACGGGUGGUAAUUUUUUUUGAGAAUGUUAUUUUGAAUUGUGAUAUAAUUUGGUUCGCAAAGGCAUUGGCUUCAUUGCGGUUUUUCCCCCCUGCUGACUUGCCAAUAGACCAUUUUACAGCUAUGGGCUUAGUACCCCAGCCUCGAAGUUUACGUGAGGCUGAUGUGAUCUUACUUUGAUAAAAACCUCCUUCCUCCAUUUUCGUAUGAAAAUAUGAUGAAAAAUACUAGUUUGCAUAAGAACAACAUGAUUAACAUGAUAAAGGAGGAAGGGUUGUAUCAAAACAAGGUCAGCUUCAGCCUCCUUUCCACUUGAUAAUAAUAAUAAUAAUAAUAAUAAUAAAGGUCUUUAUUCAAGGUUUUAAACAAACGUUAAAACUUACAAGUUCUAUUAUAAAGUGAGGAUAAAAACUGUCUAAGACGAGAAAAUACUAAAUUACAAUCUAUAUAAAAGCAAAGAGACAUCUAUUUAUAAAGCAUUUCUUAAACCUCUCAGUAUUAACACAUGGGACCUGGUAAGGAUGCGACCUACAGCUUGGAGCCCUGUUCUUAAGUGGGGGGAAAAGAUCCUGCAGGGGAUGCGAGGGAGUACCCACAUACUUUUCCAGACCAUCAAAUCCCUGUCUUCAAUAACCUGUUGGAUCGAUGUUUCAUGUUGAAUAUACCCGAAACGAAAGGCCCUUCUUAAUAGCCCAUCAAUUUCACUAAGGUAUUUGGUAUAAGCUGCAACACCCAAAACUCUGAUACAGUAAGUGAACAGUGACUUAAUGAGGCAAUUAAAGAGGUAAUCUAGGUCAGAUACACUAUAACCAUUACUUUUACACACGCUUUAGAGCUAUUUCCAUCAAAUCAUCAAAAUGCUUAUCCUAGUUGGUAGGAAUAUCCUGAAAUGUCACUCCUAGAAACUUCAGAUAUAACACACGUUUAAUGGUAACAAUUGGUUUAGGAAGGGGCAAGGUUGUUCUUUCUUUUAUGACCAGUUGCUUGGUCUUACUUGGAGUAAGUUUCAUCAAAUUCUCCUCUGCCCAGACUUUAAUAUUUUCCACCUCCUCAGAGGCACUAUCACUAGGCCCAACUGGUAUACUACACAUAAUGUCAUCAGCGUACUUAGUCAUCAAGGUACCCUGGGAGGUGGGACUUGUAUCAUUAACCAUAAUGGUUAGAAGAACAGGCCCCACAACAGUGCCUUGGGGUACACCGCGAUUGACAGCCAAGAAUAGAGCAAUGACUUUGCCUACCCAUACUCUUUGCUGACGACCUUUUAAAAAGUCAAUAACCCAAUUAACAAUAUAAGAGUUAAUAUCAGGCACUUUCUUAAGUUUAUCAGUUACUAUUCCAUGGGAAACUGAGUCAAAGGCUUUUGAGAAGUCAAAAGACAGAACUCUUACAAAGUUGGAAUGGCCAUCAAGCCAUCUCAUUCAAAAGUGAUGAUUAUAUAACAGGGCAGUCUCGGUUCCACAAUCCUUCUUAUAGGCAAACCGAUCUGAUUGAUGAAAGCAGGAAGGUGCUGUUUCCUCAAUUCGAAAUCCAGGAUUAAUCUUUCUUUCAGAAAGGCUCAUUAUAAUGUCAGUGGCUGAUAUUGGUCUAAGCUGGUCUAAAGCAGAACUAUUGGUGUCCUUAGGAAAAGGUCGCACCUUUGCAGUCUUCCAAAUCUUAUGGAAUUGAUGGGUGACUAAGGAAACAUUCAAAGUAUCUGUUAUCACAUGUAUGAGUUCCAAGGCAUACUCCUCCAAAACCAAAAAGGCAAGCCACCUGGGUUACCGGCAGUCUUUUUCACAUGCGACAAUGCCUUGAAGAUCGAUAUUUCAUGAAUCACAGGAACUUUACGAAGCUCCUUAAUCUCGAACUGUGUAGGUUCGACAUAAUCUGGGUCCGUGUUGAUUGACUGAAAGUGAGUGUUAAUGUCGUUCAUGCGGUAUAGAGAUGAGAGACUCAUACUUGAUUCAACACGUCCAGUUAAUUUAUCUACCACUUUCCACCAAGAUUUGCUGCCCAUGUCAUGUGUUUGCUUGUUAACCUUGGUCAGAUUGAACUGAUUCUCUUUCAUAAGCUCGGUUAUUCUCGGUUGAAAGAAACCAGCCUCCUAUACCAUCCCUUCCCUCAGUAGCUUGUUCCUUUUAGACAGAAGAUGUUUUAACAAGGCGACAUAAAAGAAGGGUCUUUUGAUGACAUUUUGACCUGUUUAGAGGGAAAGCUGUUCUUGUAUUCCUCAUGGACGUUGCAAUAAAACUUGUCAAUAGCUUGUAACUGUAAAAUGGACUUUUCCUCACAGAACUGCCGCCUAUGCACGUUCCAUAGCCAUGCGUAUUUUUUAAUUGGAGACAGCGCACAUACAUUUAAUUAUAUUGAAAUGAAUGUAGUGGGGUUUUUAACCAAAACUGCUGAAGGAUAUUUCAAAAAUGAGGAAGAAUAAAUCACUCGACUGCAGAGAAAGGUUUGAAGGAAUCAACAGUGUUUACAAAACUAAAUAGUACGUUUUAAACAAUGGCACGAAUGCCGAUCGGAUUGCUUCAGGGGCACCCAACCAGGAUAUAGUUCGAAACCACUUAAACAUAGAAUUGUUAAACGUAUUGUAGUAUUUAAACGGUAGAUAUAGGCAUAUUUUUAUCCCCCUAAAAAUUUUUCAUCUGUUCGGAUUUGCUAGCUGAAAGUCAAGUGAUCCGAAAAUUAUAGGGAUCAAAACUUACCUUUUCGAAAAUUUUAGCCAGAAAAAAGGCUCCCAAAAAUUCUAGGUGACCUUUUUAGGGUAAAAAUCCGUUUAAAAUAGGCAAUUAUACCAUUUUUUAGAUGUCCGAAAAUCCUAGGAUGGGUAGGCAAGCAAGAAAUUUUACAACAAAUGUUCCGAAAAUUCUAGGUCUCAAAUAGCCUUCCGAACAGAUGUUUUUCCGAAAAUUGCCGUUGGGUGCCCCUGUUGCUUUUCAUGAUAAGUUAAGCAGGCCCAGGAGCAUGCAACACUCGUUCCGAAAAUUGGAAUUGGUUGCUGUUUCUAUCUCAGAGCAAUUUGUUUUUUAAAUUCUAAGACAACUUCACAGCUGCAUUCGGAAUGACUUUAUAUUUGCGGACUUCUCCUGCAACUAUUUUUCUAAAGUUUAUUUGGCAUACAUACCAUAUCAUCAAAAGCCGAUAUCAGAAAUUUCUAUCCAAAAUAGUAAUAGCAUUUUUCACUAGACGCGACUUUCUUUGAACAGUGGGGCCCACUUAAGCGCAUAGGCGUACGGGCAAUUUUCGGCCAGGGGGGGCGGUAAACCAUUUGCCCAAAAAAUUCUUGCAAGUUGCCCAAAUUUUUACAAAACAGUCGAGAAGACACAAGGGCCAUACGAUGCAAAAACAUAGGCCGUACUGGCAUACGAAAGUGCCGCAAUACAGUUUUUCAGGGUCAAUAUAUACCUGCCAAGUUUGAGCAUAAACUAUACGUUGCCAUAGACAAACAUUUGGAAAAAUUGCCGCCACAGUUGUGUUAGAUAAAGAUGAAAAUUUGUCAUGAUCAGGGUUGCAAUGACAUCGGAGUUGUCAUAGCAACGAAAUGACGCCAUUACCUAUUAUACUUGCAGCAUUAUUUCUCAAUAUGAAAUCGUUCUCGGGAGCUUUUUCCUCCAAUAGUCGCCUCGGUGUUUGUGAAGUUAAAACGGAGUCUGUAAGAGCGUUAUCGGGAUAGUUUGGGAUAAAGUUUUUAUCGUUAGAAAUACAGUAAAACAAGGAAAAUCUUGUUGUUUAGCCGCUAUCUGUAGAAAACGAAGCGCUUUUGACAUGCAAUUUCACCUCAUAGUAGGUUCAAUCUUUUUAAAAAUGUGUGUGAGUUAUUUGUACAUUGUAUAGGUAAUAGCAUGAUUUGUAGUGAUAUUUGGCAUAUAUCAUGAGUGAUAUUUCAAAAUUCCUACAAAGAAGGAUUUCAUUAGUAUGUAUCAUGGCGCUCUUGUUAGCGGUUUUGUAAACAUUUCGGUCUACUUUAACAAAUUAGUGAAUAAUUUGAAGCACUUGAUAGAUUUUUUAAAAAACAUUAAGAUUCAUCUCGUAAUUCAAAGUGAGAAUUAGUCAGCCACUUCUUCACUUUCAGAUUAAUCGCUGAUCCUAUCUGCCAUACACUGGUCUACGAGCGAAGAUGAUCCUAGAAAGUUAGGCGGAAGUUCAUCCUAAUCAAUUCCCGAUUGGAAAUAGCCCAUUGCAGCCCAGUGCCCAACGAUACAAAAAAAAAACCCUUCCCUUAUAAACAGAAACUCAUCACGUGCUUGGCAACCAUUGUCUCGAGUGAAUGUAACUUGAUUGUUACGCCGACUUCAGGUUAAAAUAGAAAAUAUUUAUCUCUCCAAAAUACUCAUAAAAAAACAUGAAACGUCUUUAAAAGUUGGCUUUGCCCAAAUUUUCUCUUGCUGCCCAAAAAAUCUGAGUUGCCCAAAAUUUGGGGGGGCUGCAGCCCCCCUCGCCCCCCCGGCCCGUACGCCUAUGCUUAUUGCGUAAAAAAGUAUGAAGUUUAAGGACAUCGGCUCCCACUUUGUAAAAGAAAAAAAAGCGUACAUCUGGUGAUUGGUUUUUCUUGUCAGGCUCGGCGGACUAAGAAGUACAGUCUUGAAUGUAGUCGAACGCUAUUGUAGUAUGGCCUCAAUAAUGAGUCUUAGGGUCAGAUACAUUAUGCUCGAAAAUUUGAGCAGUAUGCUUUAGAGCGUCACCCUCAAAACAACAGCAUUAUACCUAAAAUUAUGCUCGAAAGUAGCAUUACGCUCGACUGAUUUUGGACAUAUUUGAUGCCCUUUUCCAUACCUGCAGGCGGAAAAAUACCUCCGUAAGCAUAAAACACAAUAUCGUAUUGCAUCAUUUUCAAAUUUACAAGAAGUAAACGACAAAUAAUGUUCAAAAGCACUCAAAUUGUCUUCUUUCGAUGGACCUCUACAUCGUUAGGAUACUCUCUCAUUAGUUUGCAACCUUGCAUGAUGAUGUAACGGCGCAACUAGGCCUUGAAAGUAGCAACCAAGGCUUUGAAUAAGUUAUUUUAUUACUAAAAGCACUUGAAAGUUAAAAUAUCUCAUAGUUACAUUAAUGGAAAUAUUUUAAAAAGUGUUUAAUAUUUGAAAAAGAUUUUAAUAAGAUUUUGUACUUGAUUUUUAAUGUCAGGACUUUUAUUCCAAUUUACGAAUUAAAUGAAACCACGCAUUCAUGGGAAACGGUCCUUGCAUUGGUAAUUGUAUCAAGACUUUCUUACUAAUUAUUUGGAAACAUAUAAUUAUUUAAAACUCUAAGUUAAUACACCUGCAGCCAAAAUAUGCAAAUGAAAUUUAAAAUACCACUCAAACCCUUUAAUCUUUUCACGCUUUCAAGUUUUACGAAGAAACUUUGCUAUUGAAAAACUGUGCAACAUUUCACUGAGUCAUUCAUUCAUGAUGUCUCUGUUCUCUCAAGAAUUUUAUGCAGAAAACAAACAUUCAAGUUAUUAAAAUUCUUGUUUAUUUUGGUUUAAAUAUCCGUGACUUUCACUGCGUAAGAAAAAAUAUCCAAAACAAGUUUACGAAAUGUCAGUUAACACAUGAGACAGGUAUGUGUGGUAUUAUGGAGACGAACCGGUCAAGCUACUUGUUAGGUUUUAUGCAGAGAAAAUAAAAACAAAGCAAAACAAUUUAUGUCCUUUGUAUUCAUUAUACUUCUAAUUUCCAGGGUGAAAUUUUCUCUACUAUGAAGCCAAGCUGAAUAAAUAAAUAAAGUAUUAACAUUAAUAAUGAGUUAUUUUCUUGCAUUAUGAUCGUCUACUUAAAACAAUUUCUUCGUUGUUCGAUGCUCUCGUUCAUCUCAAAGCAAGCAACAAGGUACGUUAAUGUAAUUUCGGUGUAAGAACCUGUAAACUUCUUUUUAUGUUUCUCACCUGUUGCUUUUCUAGGUUCUAUUGUUUUGACUUCUUUGCUUUCUUCUUUUUUUUUUAUCAGUCACGCGUGAGUUUAACAGGUUCUUACAGCGAGGAUGAGCAAAUUUCAUUGCUACAAACUUAAUAUUUUACUCUGAAAUUACUGCAUAAAAGCAUUUUUUCUCCAUAGGUAAAAAAUGAUUAUCCUUACAGUUUGCCAGUUCCUUUUGGUGUGCUUCACUGUAGUAGACAGCCAAAGUGUUGGUAAGUGUAAACUUGUUUAAUAUACAGCCAAACCUCCCUAAUACGGCCACCAAAGGGACUGCUAGAUCCAAGUGUUCGCACUAAAGGGGUGAUGGAUGCAUGACGUUUGACAUUUUUUCUCUAUCUUUGGGAUCAAGACGACUGUCAGCUAUAGAGAGGUGUUCGUAUAUAGUGAUGCCAGUUAAGAGAAGUUGGACUUCAAUUGAUUGGUUUAACGUUUCCUGUUUUGUAAAUGAUUUAUUAUUUCUCUUUCAUGGUAUCCUUAAACACCGUUAAACAUUGUUUUAGAUCCCAAACGACAUCAUAAAAAUGGACUGCUCGCAGUCCCUCUAGAUUGUCGCGUGUGCAAACCAACGAGGAAAACGCGCGAGGGAGAAUAUAGUCCCUCCCUCGUCUAGUUCGGUGUCGCGCGUCCUCAGAGUCUUCUGGCGUCUAUAUAAAAACGUGGGUACGUAUGGGGUGUCCUAAAAAAGUCGACGUUCUGGUAAGGUGGUGGUUAGUGGAGGUUCGACUGUACAGACUGUACUCGCUUUUCCUUUUGUUUUUGCUUUCACGUAAGGUAACAACAGAUGUCAUUAUGGUUUCAAACAACUUUACUUGAUUACUAUGGACUUAAGACGUUCCUUUUUGCAUUUCAGUUAUUUUACCGUUAAUCCGACUAAAUCGUUUUCUCUAUAGCAUCGACAUCUUUUCUUAAAUUUAAAUACGUAUUCUUUAUGUUGACUUAAAGCAUGCAAAGAUCCGCUUGGUAUGGAAAGCUAUGUCAUCUCUGAUGGACAAAUCAGUGCCUCUUCACAAUGGGAUAAUAAUCAUGCCGCCAUCCAGGGAAGAUUAAACUUUAAGGCUGGUUCCGGAAAACGAGGAGGGUGGUCAUCCAAACUCAACGACGUCAAUCAGUGGCUGCAGAUUGAUUUAGGUGAUCCAAACACUGAUGUAACUGGUCUGGCAACACAAGGCAGAAAUGCUCACUCCCAGUGGGUAACCAAGUACAAAAUGCAGUACAGUGUCGACGGGACAAAUUUUCAGUAUUACGUGGAACAAGGCGCUGAAAAGGUACUAUGGUUUACCUCUCAGGUCUCCGGAAAGAUUUUUAGAGGAUAUCAUUUGGGUAGACUUCAAUGGCCUCUCCAUUUCAAUCACAAUAACUUUUAUUCGCAUUUUUACCCACUUGGAGCUCUGUUUAAUUGCCUCAGUAACUGUUUAAUAUCCGAAUUUCCCGCUUGGCUAACAUAUCGUAAAAUUCCGACAAUAAGCCCCUCCAUGUACAAGCCCCUCCAAAUAUAAGCCCCCCAAACCGGUAACACAAAAAACCCUCCGUUAAAUUGCCCCUCCAAAUAUAAGCCCCCCGGCGGCUUGUACUUGGAAAAUUGCCUUCAAAUACAAAGUAAAACAAAGCAAAAACGGUAAAUUUACUUCCAACUAUAAGGCUAGCCCAAUCGAUUUCGAAAUCCAAAUUUCCCUCCGUAGAUAAGCCCCUCCGAAUUUAAGCCCUUCCAAAAAUAAGCCCCUCAAAAAGGGCCUUUGAAAAAUAUAAGCCUCGGGGCUUAUUUUCGGAAAUUUACGGUACGGGUAUAGACACACUGUAGCAUGACUCAAUUGCUAUUUUUUUCUGUAUGGGUUUUUACCGUGAGCUAUGGAUUUUCUUUUCGUUUUUCUUUUCUUUUCUUUCUUUUUUAAAGUACUACCUCUGAUAGAUUUGUCCAAUAACUUUAUUUUUCAACCAUUUGGUAUUCAAUGACUUGGCAUACAUGAUACCCGAAUUAAUGGGGGAAAGUGCUCUUUAAGCGCUUGAACUCCGUUCAUUCACCACCAUUUAACCGCCAUGCUUCUGCAGCCUGGUUACCAUAGCAGAAGCCGUGCUACCAUGACAUUAUCAACUGAACACGUCGGUCCAUACAUUAGGGCUAAUUUGUCAAGGCCUGCUCAAACGAUUCUCGAUUUCUCACCCAUUUGGAUGCGCCCCUGUUUUGCCUGGUAAGUCGUUACCGCUAUUUCCAAAUUAAAAUUCAGAUAUAACACGUGCUAAUUUAUUGCCUUGCGGUUACCAAUUCUGCACUAUUUUUAUCUUGAUGAUCUAGGAGUUUACUGGCAACUCAGACCAGGAUACUAUUGUUUUUCAUUCACUGAGCAAUCCAAUUAAGGCACGCUACAUUCGUUUCCGCCCAACAGCUUGGUAUCGUCAUAUUUCCAUGAGAGCGGAAGUCUAUGGCUGUUUAGGUACAAAAGGUUCUCGUUGUUAAGUCUCUUAGUCUAGUGGAUGAAUCUUAUAUUUUGCUAUUUUGUUAUAGUGGGUCAGUUACUGCUUUUAGUCUUGUUUGUAUUUUAUUUAAAGGUAGAUAAUCUAUUUCUUUGGUCGCUCCUCCCCCCCACGCCGUAAAAAAAUUGUAAUUAACUGUAAUUGCCUUCGACGUCAGGAGAACCCGACCUAAACCCGCCAGCGAGAGACUUGUGCACGAACAUGAAGCAGAAAGAUACUCGUUUUUUGGUAGUUUGGGUCAAGUUCAGAAAACUGAAAUACGUCAUGGACUCUGGACUUCUGUUUUCAGAGCCCGUCGUUUGUUUAGGACACAUGUUUUUAGAUGGAACGGACAAUAUUCAUGAUUAGUAGCCGUUCUUUGCCCCCCAAAAGAGCUAUUUCAAAUUUAAAAAAAUGUUGUGUUGUGUUCAGUUCGUUAAGGGAAUUGUUUAAUACCAAGAACGUUCUCAGAUUUCACUCGGUUUAAUUUAUUAAAACAGCUACAAAUUCAUUAAAGAUAAUGGUCUUAAUAGACACAGAACCUCGCUCUGUCAAACCCAUUACCUUGAUAAACCUCAUUGCUUUGACUUAUUAAAUGGUACAAACUUCCCUACUUUGGUGACACUCAUCUGCAACCGCAAUUCCAAAUGUAAACAUUCUAUCACACUACCUAAUCCUCGUUUGCUACAAGACAUAUAGUGCAUGUGAACGUAAUAAAAUGACAGUACUUUUACCUGUUCCUGCAGAAUGUAAACAAGCUCUUGGCAUGAAAAGUGGUGACAUCUAUGACAGGCAAAUCAGUGCCUCUUCAGAAUGGGAUUCCAACCAUGCUGCCAUCCAGGGCAGACUCUUCUUUUUGGCAGGUUCUGGCAAACAAGGAGCAUGGUCAGCUAAACAAAAUAAUCUCGACCAGUGGCUGCAGAUUGACUUACUUGAUCAAAUAACUAAAGUAACCGCUGUGUCAACACAAGGCAGAAAUGCUUACUCACAAUGGGUGACCAAGUACAAACUGCAGUACAGCGUCGAUGGUGUAAACUUUCAAUACUAUACUGAAGUGGGUGAAAAGGUGAUAUUCCCUAUCAUUGCAUAUCAUUCUUAGCGGUUUCAAGGCAAAACUUAAGCCACUGUGCACUCUUAGAUAGUACUUACUUUUUAAUUAACGGAGCAGUGUUACGAAAUUUAUCAAAAUUUAAAAGUGAGAGCUGCCACCAAAUUGAGUGAAAGAAAAAAAUGACAUCGCAAAACGUUAAAAGAACCUGAGGCACAAAUAACACAGCAAAUAUUAAAGAAGGUACCGAAAUAUGGAUCACAACUAAAAACGAUUUAAAUCGGCGUUUUGUAAAACUCGUUAGCCUAACAGUUUUUCAAAGUUCAUUUCUGUUGUUUGUAGAAUUUGAUAAAAUGCCUUACGAGGUAAAUUUAAUUGUCCAAGUUGAGUUCCUUAGCGAAUAAAGACGCGUUGACGGUAUUGAAAAUAUUCAUUUAAUGCAAUAGACGGCCUUGGCAAAGUCCCGUUAACGAUACCUGCCUCUGAAAGAUCUCAACUAUUCUUGGUUUGCAACCACGUGACAAGGCGGCCAUGUUAGAGGACAAUAAAAUAGAAUUUUUUUCUUAAAGAAUUUACAUGAAAAUAGAGUUAAGCUCUCAGAAGACAGAAAUGCUUUUGUUCUUGUUAUUCAACGUGGCUGCCUUGACGUUACGUGCAAACCAGCAAUUGCAUCUUGUUGAUUUAGGAGUUUACUGGAAAUGCCGACCGGGACUCUGUUGUUUUCCACUCACUAAUCAACCCAAUCAGUGGAGCACGCUACAUCCGUUUCCGCCCGACAGCCUGGUAUGGUCACAUAUCCAUGAGGGUGGAAGUCUACGGCUGUAAAGGUACGGAACAAUUCUCUCUGAAAUUCUUUUACAGACGGCACUUGUCGUAA